AUAUAUCCACAAUUCCGCUGCAAGUCGCAUUCUCGUCUUCCCUAUUUCGGUCCUAAGAGGCUUCAAAGUCGAACGAACCUCACCAAUUUCUUACUUGUUCAAACUUCAACGCUUUUUUUUUUCAACUACCAAACUAAGCUUACUUCUAUGGUAUUUCUUUCUUUUUUAAAAUAAAAAAGAAACAUGGUUGGAGUUAAAGGAAGAAUCAUUUAGUGGCGGCUUUUCCCUUUCAUCGAUCCUUAUGCCGAAGGAAACAGGACAAAAAUGGUGUUCAAGAACAAGCUCUUCUUUUCCUCUUCUAAGAAAUCGGGUUCUUCUAGUCCUGAUGGAUCAUCCAAUAGCCCUCGUUCCACUUCUAAUUCCCCGAUCCGAUCCGAUAAGAAAAAACCCAAAGCUUCUCUUCCCAACUCUGAUUCACAACAGAUCCCUAAUUCACCUUCCCUUUUCAGUCCCACUGCUUUUAAGCCAACCCAAGUCAAAGAUGGACCCGCUCGCAAGGACCUCAAACCCAGCGAACCCCAAACCCCAGUUGCUAAACCUUCUUCCUCUACCUCCAAGAAACCCGAUGCUAAGGACGGGCCUUCCUCUGUCUCGCCUUUACUCGCCUCUUCCUUGGGGUUGAAUCGGAUUAAAACUCGCUCCGGUCCCUUGCCCCAGGAGAGUUUUUUCAGUUUUAGAGGGGAGAAAAGUGCCGCCGCUUCGGUGCUUGGAGCUAGUAACUUGUCCAGGGCUGGAGGUUCGAGUAGUGCUGGGGGCGGUGGUAGUUCAGGGAAAUCGGGUUCUGGGAAGAAAGAUGGGUUGAACCAGAGAUUAUUGCAAGAGAGUUUGCUUGAUAAUGUGAGCAAUUCGGACAGUAUGUCACCUGGAAGUGGUAGUGGUGGAUGGCACUCGAGAGAGCAGAGCCCUGGUGUACAGGGGAAGUCUCGGUUGCAGAAUGGGGAAUCAUCCUCUGAAGCUGGACGACUCAAAUCAUCACGGGGGCACUCUGGAGUCUUAAAAAGUUCUGAUUUUUGUACGCCAGAGACUUCAUAUGAUUGUGAAAACUCCAAAGAGUCUGAAUCCCCCCGUUUUCAAGCCAUUCUUCGCCUUACUAGUGGGCCGCAGAAGAGGUUUCCAGCUGAUAUUAAGAGCUUUUCCCAUGAAUUAAAUUCAAAAGGAGUACGGCCUUUUCCAUUUUGGAAACCUAGACGCUUAAACAACUUGGAGGAAAUUGUGGUUGUGAUUCGGGCAAAAUUUGACAAAGCAAAAGAGGAAGUGAACUCUGAUUUGGCUAUUUUUGCUGCCGAUCUGGUUGGACUUCUUGAAAAGAACUCUGAAAGUCAUCCUGAGUGGCAGGAAACUAUCGAGGAUUUGCUGGUUCUGGCUCGAAGCUGUGCUAUGACACCACCCGGAGAGUUUUGGCUUCAGUGUGAAGGCAUUGUUCAGGAGUUAGAUGAUAAGCGUCAAGAACUUCAUCCAGGAACACUGAAGCAGCUGUAUACACGGAUGCUUUUCAUUCUCACAAGGUGUACAAGAUUGUUGCAGUUUCACAAAGAAAGUGGGCUGGCUGAAGAUGAACCUGUGAUACAGCUUCGCCAAUCUAGAGUCCUGCAUCCUGCAGAUAAGAGAACUUCCUCGGGAGUCCUAAGAGAAGCAAAAAGUUUGAGUGCGUCAAAGGCGUCAAAAGCCUCCACAUCUAAGAAAUCUUAUAGUCAGGAGCAACAUUGGAGGAAGGACCAUCUUGUGCUGCCUGGAAGUUUGAUCACUUCCAUUGACGACACUCAAAAGAACUUGGAAUCUCCUGCAAGUAGAGAUAGGAUAGCUUCCUGGAAGAAACUCCCGUCUCCUGCCAAAAAAAGUCCAAAGGAAGUAACUGCUUCCAAGGAGCAAAACAAUAGUAUGAUUGAAACCUGGAAAAAAACAGGAGCUUCUGAUGUAGAUCUGGCUGUUGUUAAGCUUCAGGAACCUCCUCCUGCAAAAGAAUCUCAAGAACACUCUUCCAAGCACCAGCACAAAGUUUCUUGGGGUUAUUGGGGAGACCAACCAAAUGUUUCUGAAGAAAGUUCUAUAAUAUGCCGCAUUUGUGAGGAGGAGGUACCCACCUCAAAUGUGGAAGAUCACUCAAGAAUAUGUGCUGUUGCUGAUUGUUGCGAUCAGAAGGGUUUAAACGUUGAUGAACGCCUUGUAAGAAUUGCUGAAAUGCUUGAGAAAAUGACAGACUUAUUUGCUAAUAAGGAUAUGCAACAUGUAGGGAGUCCAGAUGUUGCUAAAGUAUCAAAUUCGAGUGUGACUGAAGAAUCUGAUGUCCUAUCUCCUAAACUAAGUGAUUGGUCCAGGAGAGGUUCAGAAGACAUGCUUGACUGUUUUCCUGAAGUGGAUAAUUCAGUUCUUAUGGAUGACCUUAAGGGUUUGCCUUCAAUGUCAUGUAAAACUCGCUUUGGUCCAAAGUCUGAUCAAGGAAUGACAACAUCAUCUGCAGGAAGCAUGACUCCCAGAUCUCCUUUAUUGACACCAAGAAAUAGUCAAAUAGACUUGUUAUUGGCAGGCAAGGGUGUUUUUACAGAGCAAGAAGAUCUUCCACAGAUGAAUGAACUUGCUGAUAUUGCCAGAUGUGUAGCAAAUACACCAUCAGUUGAUGAUCGGUCUGUGCCAUAUUUGCUGUCUUGUCUUGAAGACUUGAGACUUGUCAUAGACCGCAGAAAAUUUGAUGCACUUACAGUAGAAACGUUUGGUGCGCGCAUUGAGAAGCUGAUCAGGGAGAAGUACUUGCAGUUUUGUGAGCUAGUCGAGGAUGAAAAGCUUGAUAUAUCAAACACUGUCAUUGAUGAGGAUGCUCCUUUAGAGGAUGAUGUGGUUCGUAGCUUGAGAACUAGCCCUAUCCAUUCAUCUAAGGACCGUACCUCCAUAGAUGACUUUGAGAUAAUAAAACCAAUUAGUCGUGGAGCAUUUGGGCGUGUUUUCUUAGCUAAAAAGAGAACAACAGGGGAUCUUUUUGCAAUAAAGGUUCUAAAGAAGGCAGAUAUGAUUCGCAAGAAUGCAGUUGAAAGCAUAUUAGCAGAGCGUAAUAUUUUGAUCUCAGUCCGCAACCCAUUUGUGGUUCGCUUCUUCUAUUCAUUUACUUGCCGUGAGAACUUGUAUCUUGUGAUGGAGUAUCUAAAUGGAGGUGAUUUAUAUUCAUUGUUGAGAAAUUUAGGCUGCUUGGAUGAAGAGGUUGCUCGUGUGUACAUAGCGGAAGUUGUGCUUGCCUUGGAGUAUUUACAUUCUCUGCAUGUGGUUCAUCGUGAUUUGAAGCCUGAUAAUUUGUUGAUUGCACACGAUGGUCAUAUCAAGUUGACAGAUUUUGGGCUUUCAAAGGUUGGUCUCAUCAACAGUACUGAUGACUUGUCUGGUCCAGCAGUUAGUGGAACAUCUCUACUUGAUGAUGAGCAGCCUCAGUUAUCUGCAUCUGAGCAUCAGCAAGAGAGGCGGAAGAAACGUUCUGCUGUUGGUACACCUGACUAUUUGGCGCCUGAGAUUCUUUUGGGAACAGGACAUGGUGCAACUGCGGAUUGGUGGUCUGUGGGUGUAAUUUUAUUUGAACUGAUUGUCGGCAUUCCACCCUUCAAUGCAGAGCAUCCACAGAUAAUAUUUGAUAAUAUUCUCAACCGUAAAAUACCUUGGCCACGGGCACCAGAAGAAAUGAGCCUUGAAGCAAAGGAUUUAAUUGAUGGGUUGUUGACAGAAGAUCCUAAUCAGAGACUUGGAGCCAAAGGAGCAUCAGAGGUGAAGCAACAUGUAUUUUUCAAAGAUAUCAAUUGGGACACCCUUGCAAGGCAAAAGGCUGCCUUUGUUCCCAGUUCAGACAGUGCACUUGAUACUAGUUACUUUACCAGUCGCUACUCAUGGAAUACUUCAAAUGACCACACAUAUCCUGGUAGUGAUUUUGAUGAUUCCAGUGAUGCUGACAGCUUAAGUGGCAGUAGUAGUUGCAUGAGCAACCGACAAGAUGAAGUGGGAGAUGAAUGUGGAGGUCUUGCUGAAUUUGAGUCCGGUUCAUCAGUAAAUUAUUCUUUCAGUAAUUUCUCCUUUAAGAAUCUAUCCCAGCUCGCAUCGAUUAACUAUGACCUGCUUUCUAAAGGGUGGAAGGACGAUCAUCCAGCCAAUUCUAAUGCAUAGCAACAUCCUCUUUCCUUUAGAGAGAGAGAGAGAGAGAGAGAGAGCUUGGGUUUUUUUGACAUUCGGUGUUGAUUGAUGUGUUGUUUGUAUACCCUGUACAUAGAUAGAAGAAAACUUGGGAUUGAAACUGGUGCCUGCUUGAGGAUAUGCUUUUUUCUUUUAUAGGCAAAAAAGCUACGCUGUGGGAAAGACUUGCAAUUUUUUUCUUUUUUACUUAAUGCCAGCUGCACUGCUAUGACUCUUGAGAACCUUCAAUGUAGCCUACUUUCCAAAUGCCGCCGCAGUGUGGGUUAUGGGCUUUUGGGCAAUGGGUGUAAUUUGUGGUAGUGGUGUUGUUUUCUUCCAUUUUUGGUCAUUAUUAUUUUUCUCUAUAGCGUUUUUUACUGUCACUUUCAGAGCAAUGAAAACUCAUAUCCCUUCUUUUUUAAGAUCGAAGAGUUAAAGGAGUGGUUUGGCUGUUUGUGUGGUUGCUGAGAAUAUUACAAUAUAUAUGAAUAGUAUGGCUUGCAGAGGUUGUUGAGUUAA